AUGAAUUCUGCUCAAGUUAUAGCGUUCCAGCCUGCGAUUUCUGUGAAGAAUUCUAAGUCAUUUGUUAUUCCAAUGAGUGUUAUCACUACUUUUCCUCGGAUUCAGAAUAUUAGCAUAAGAGAUGAACCUUCUUUUAGAUUAAAAUCCCUAAAACCUCUUCGCGCCGGUGGAAAAGGAAAGAUGGGAAAUAAUGAUGAGGAUUCGCCUUGGAAAUCUCUUUCAAAUGCGAUUGACAAAUUUAAGGGACAAUCAAUAGAAGAAGUAUUACGGAAGCAGAUUCAAAAAGGCGAGCUUUUUGACAACGGUGAAAGUGGAUUAAAGCCACCAGGAGGUGGAGGAGCAGGAGACGGUGGCGGUGGUGAUGGCAGACCUGAUGGCAGGGGUGGGUCUGAAGAUGAAGACUAUGACAAACGCCAAGUAAUUUUUGCAACCGGUGCCUUAUUAUCUCUGUAUAUCUAUCUCAUCAAGGGCGAGUUGAUUAGAGCUUUGUUUCUAGAUUUUCUGAAAUAUAUGGUUGGCAGAGGUCAGAGUGGUCGAUUCCAGGAUAUCAUGAUAAAAUUGGGAAAAUUGUACAGGGGUACAAAACAAAAGAAAGUGACUGAUGAGCAUUUUUUGGAGAAGGCCAUUUUGGGUACCCAAACAUGGUGGUAUGAUCCUAAUGAUUUUCGUCGAGCCGUGAGGAAUUACUAUGCAUCAGAUGAAGAUGAAUAA